GAGGGGGAGAAGAAGGGGGGAGUGGAGAGGGGGAAGGGGAAAGAAAGAGGGGAAGAUGGACAAGAAGGGGAACGGGGAGGGGGAGGGGGAGGGGGAGAAGAAGAGGGAAGUGGAGAGGGAGGGAAGAUGGACAAGAAGGGGGAGGGGGAGGUGGAGGAUGCAAAAAUGGAAAAGAGGAAGGAGGAGGAGGGGGAGAGGGAGAAGGAGAAGGGGAAGAAAGGGGAGGAGAAGGUGGAAGAGGAGGAUGCACGGACCAGGGAAGCAUGCGUCGAAACCAUUGUGUAAGACGAGUUACAUGUAUAAGUUGUCCACGUUGGCGAGCAUGACCGCGGGAAAGCAAACGGCAAACAAGCAUGGUUGCCGCAGUUCUAAAACCAUGCCAAUUAUCACAAAACCGCGUAAGCUGGCCGGUGAACACACCUGCAGGCUAAUGAGAACGAAUGUUUGACGUUGCACUAGGAUAUUGUAUAACAGGAAAAUCCCAUGCAACUGUCUUGUCAAACACACUCAAUCGGAGAGAUCCAUCUGCUCGUGUCUGCAACCGUCCGCAGAGAGGGAGAAGCGGACAACAAACAAGGGGCUGUGACAAAUAUAUUCAUCUAUUGUCAAUAUAUCAUCAAUAUAUACAUUGUCACGAAGUUAUGAUAAGCCUGUAGGCAGACAUUUGUGGCUGUCAA